AUGGCACACGGUAUAGCAGAUGAAGAUCCGACAAAAAAAGAAAUUAUCGAUCCACCUGAGGUUCUCGAUCAAAAACUUGAUCAAUUGGCCGAUUGGAUUCGUAAUGCUAAACAUUUUAUCGUGUUCACUGGUGCAGGCAUAUCGACAUCUACAGGUAUUCCUGAUUUUCGAUCUAGUAUGAAUACUAUUCUACCAACAGGACCGGGUGUAUGGGAACUUCGUGAUCAUCCUGGUGCUAAACGUUCUCCAACGGCUUUAACAGUUACUUUAACAAAAGCAAUUCCAUCAACCACACAUAUGGCAUUGGUCGAAUUGGCUCGUCAGAAUCUUCUUCACUUUGUUGUCUCUCAGAACAUUGAUGGUCUUCAUUUAAGAUCUGGGUUGCCUUCGCCCCUAAUAGCCGAGUUACAUGGUAAUUCUAAUUUGGAAAUAUGCAAAAAAUGUCAGACGAAAUAUUUGCGUGAUUUUCGAACACGAACUGCCCUCAAAGCUCAUGAACAUCAAACAACUCGUAAAUGUCCCAAAUGUCGUUCGACACUGUACGAUUCGAUUAUCAACUUUGGCGAGAAUCUUCCUAAACAAGAACUUGAAGCAAGUUUUGAACAUGCAGAAAAAGCCGAUGUUUGUCUCGUCUUAGGCUCUUCAUUACGAGUUACACCAGCAGCAGAUAUUCCAGAAUUAGUCGGUAAACGCGGUGGCAAGUUAAUCAUUGGCAAUUUGCAAUUGACUCCAUUGACUGAAUUGGCCAACCUGAAUAUACAUGCUCUAUGCGACGAUAUUAUGCGAGGACUGAUGGCUAAAUUAAACAUGCCCAUACCUGAAUGGGAACUUCAUCGACGAAUACGUAUUACAAUUAAAAAACAAACCAUUAAGAUUAUCGGUCUCGAUCCUGAUCAAGACAUUCCAUAUACACUUUUUUCGAGAGUAAGAAUACUAGUUCGGCAAGGAACUGCAUCGAAAUAUGAAUCUCAACGACUCACAGGUCAAGAAUUUAUAGAACACAAAAUACCAGUGAACAAUAACACUGGUAAUAUGGAUGUUUAUAUUGAAUUGCAUUGGCAAGGUCAUUACAAUGAACCUCUGUACACAGUUCGAAUGCGAUUGACAGAUUCGACCAAAGAUGUACAUUUAUUUUACAAUCCAAAACGUGGUGUGUGGCGUGAGCAAUAA